AUGGUUCGAGUGGAAGUAGAGGCUUCACCCAGCUCUUCUUUCACCAUUUGGCUCCAUCUGUUUUCAGUACCUGUUUGUGUGGGCUUUUGCUAUGCCUUGGUUAUUUGCUAUUGCUGUUAUUGUGCCUUUGACUUCAGCAGCAAUGUUAAGAAAUGGGUUG